UUUUUCUCGGUUAAAAAUCUCUAGUCCAGAGAAAAUGUUGUAAUUGAUCAUCUCCAACUGCAACGGGAGCCAAGGAGGAUUUAACAAUGGCGUCUCUUUCUCUCACCUCUGCUCAUUUCUCUUCAUCUUCUUCGUCUCGCUCCUCUGUUUCCACUUCAUCGCUUUCUCCGUUGUCUCCUCUCUUACAAUCACCGAUCCGCCACCGCCGUCUCCGCCGUCGUCUCUCCUUCUCCGUCGUCCCUCACCGGACUUCUCACUCCUUCUCCACCUCCAGCUCUCAGAUUAGGUGUUCGAUAAGUGAACCAUUGAAGGUGAUGAUUUCGGGUGCACCGGCUUCGGGUAAAGGCACUCAAUGUGAGCUCAUUGUUCACAAGUUUGGUUUGGUGCACAUAUCAACGGGAGAUCUCUUGAGGGCAGAGGUUUCAGCCGGGACAGAUAUCGGAAAGAGAGCAAAAGAGUUCAUGAAUUCGGGUAGUCUGGUUCCGGAUGAGAUUGUUAUCGCGAUGGUGGCUGGAAGAUUAUCACGUGAAGAUGCUAAAGAGCAUGGAUGGCUUCUUGAUGGAUUUCCACGGAGUUUUGCUCAAGCACAAAGUCUGGACAAACUGAACUUCAAACCUGACAUUUUUCUCUUGUUAGAUGUUCCUGAUGAAAUUCUAAUCGACAGAUGUGUUGGUAGGAGAUUAGACCCAGUGACUGGAAAAAUUUAUCACAUUAAAAAUUACCCUCCUGAAUCAGAUGAAAUUAAAGCAAGACUGGUUACACGCCCUGAUGAUACAGAGGCGAAGGUAAAAGCACGUUUGCAAAUAUACAAACAAAAUUCUGAAGCGAUUAUUUCUGCAUACUCAGAUGUUAUGGUCAAGAUUGAUGCAAACAGGCCAAAAGAAGUGGUUUUCGGGGAGACACAGACUCUAUUGUCUCAGAUACAGUUAAACAGAAUGAUAAAGACUGAUAAAGCAUCUCCUGUUCAGGAUAAAUGGAGAGGAAUACCGACGAGAUUGAAUAACAUUCCGCAUUCGAGGGAUAUCAGGGAUUAUUUUUAUGAAGAUGUGCUGCAAGCCACAACUAGAUCUAUCAAGGACGGGAACACCCGUCUUCGGGUGGACAUAAAUAUCCCAGAGCUAAAUCCGGAAAUGGAUGUUUACCGGAUAGGAACCUUGAUGGAACUUGUUCGAGUUUUAGCUUUAUCAUUCGCUGACGAUGGAAAAAGAGUGAAGGUUUGUGUUCAGGGGUCAAUGGGGGAAGGUGCACUCGCUGGGAUGCCACUGCAGUUGGCAGGCACUAGAAAGAUUUUAGAAUAUAUGGACUGGGGUGAUGAUGAAACUUUGGGAACUUUCGUCAAGAUUGGUGCAAUUGGUGGUAAAGAAGUUGAUGAAGAAGACGACAUAUUUAUCUUAGUGGCUCCACAAAAUGCUGUUGGAAACUGUAUUAUAGAUGAUCUACAAGCGAUGACUACUGCUGCUGGGAAAAGGCCAGUUGUACUUAUCAAUCCUCGCCUCAAGGACUUACCCGCUUCAAGUGGCAUAAUGCAAACAAUGGGCAGGGAGCAAAGGCUUGAAUAUGCCUUAACGUUUGACAACUGCUAUGUAUUUCGGCUUCUCUAUUAUUUGGGAACACAAUACCCUAUAAUGGGUGCUCUAAGGAUGUCUUAUCCUUACCGGUAUGAGCUUUACAAGAGGGUGAACGAGGAAAAUGGAAAGGAAAAAUAUGUAUUGCUAGCAACGUACUCUGAAAGGCCAACCCCUGAGCAAAUCGACGAUGCCUUCUCUGGAAAAUCAAGGGAGCAAAGCAAGAGGCGGUCAGGAAUCUGGGGGUUCUUGAGUAGCGUGUUUUCGUAAAGGAAGGAAGCUAAAGUUGUGGAACAUUCAUCAAAUUCUCGCCUACCAAACAUAGAGUGAUGCUGCUACUUUCUGUCCAUAAUUUUCUCCUUUUAUUAAGUCUCAAAAUGUUGAUAAUCUGAGUUUGGGGCAAACAAAUUACGCUGUGAUUAAUAGUGUCACAUAAACCAAAAGAGUAACCUCACUAAAAUACAUACGAAAGCCAAGUAACGAACGGCCAAGAUCAUUCUCGUCUACUACGAACGGCUUUGAAUUCUA